CCCAGUCGGCUGCGCGGGUGGCCGCCCAGGCGAGGUGCGGCGUUUGCACAGGCCGGGCUUCGGCGCAGCGGGGCCAUGGCCGCAUCCGAGCUCUACACAAAGUUUGCCAGAGUUUGGAUACCUGAUCCCGAGGAAGUCUGGAAGUCAGCAGAGCUGCUCAAAGAUUAUAAGCCGGGGGAUAAAGUCCUCCUGCUUCACCUCGAGGAAGGAAAGGAUUUGGAAUACUGUCUAGAUCCAAAGACCAAGGAGCUGCCUCACUUGCGAAAUCCUGACAUACUUGUGGGUGAAAAUGACCUCACGGCUCUCAGCUAUCUUCAUGAGCCUGCUGUGCUCCACAAUCUCAGAGUCCGCUUCAUUGAUUCCAAACUUAUUUAUACAUAUUGUGGUAUAGUCCUAGUAGCUAUAAAUCCUUACGAACAGCUGCCUAUUUAUGGAGAAGAUAUCAUUAAUGCAUACAGUGGUCAGAACAUGGGGGACAUGGACCCCCAUAUCUUUGCAGUAGCUGAAGAAGCUUACAAGCAAAUGGCCAGAGAUGAACGAAAUCAGUCCAUCAUUGUAAGCGGAGAGUCUGGGGCAGGAAAAACAGUCUCAGCUAAGUAUGCUAUGCGAUACUUUGCAACUGUAAGUGGCUCUACCAGUGAGGCUAAUGUUGAGGAAAAAGUCUUGGCCUCCAACCCCAUCAUGGAGUCGAUUGGAAAUGCCAAAACAACCAGGAAUGAUAAUAGCAGUCGUUUUGGGAAGUAUAUUGAGAUUGGUUUUGAUAAGAGAUAUCGAAUCAUUGGUGCCAAUAUGAGAACUUACCUCUUAGAGAAAUCCAGAGUGGUGUUCCAGGCAGAAGAGGAGAGAAACUAUCAUAUCUUCUAUCAGCUUUGUGCCUCAGCAAAGUCACCUGAAUUUAAAAUGCUGCAAUUAGGGGAUGCAAAUUUCUUCCAUUACACAAAGCAAGGAGGCAGUCCUGUGAUUGAAGGAGUUGAUGAUGCCAAGGAGAUGGCCCACACCAGGCAGGCCUGCACUUUGCUAGGAAUUAGUGAAUCCUAUCAGAUGGGAAUUUUCCGAAUACUUGCUGGCAUCCUUCACUUAGGCAAUGUUGGAUUUACAUCUCGAGAUUCAGACAGCUGCACAGUACCUCCCAAGCACGAACCCCUCACCAUCUUCUGUGACCUCAUGGGUGUGGACUACGAGGAAAUGUGUCACUGGCUCUGCCAUCGGAAGCUGGCUACUGCCACAGAGACGUACAUCAAGCCCAUCUCCAAGCUGCAGGCCACAAAUGCCCGUGAUGCUUUGGCCAAGCACAUCUAUGCCAAGCUCUUUACCUGGAUAGUAGAUCAUGUCAACCAGGCUCUCCACUCAGCUAUCAAACAGCAUUCUUUUAUUGGUGUGCUGGACAUUUAUGGAUUUGAAACAUUUGAGAUAAAUAGUUUUGAACAGUUUUGUAUAAAUUAUGCAAAUGAAAAACUACAGCAACAAUUCAAUAUGCAUGUCUUCAAAUUAGAACAAGAGGAAUAUAUGAAGGAACAAAUUCCAUGGACACUCAUAGAUUUUUAUGAUAAUCAGCCUUGUAUAAAUCUGAUUGAAUCUAAAAUGGGCAUUCUGGAUUUGCUGGAUGAGGAAUGCAAGAUGCCUAAAGGUACAGAUGACACUUGGGCCCAAAAAUUGUACAACACACAUUUGAACAAAUGUGCGCUCUUUGAAAAGCCCCGUCUAUCAAAUAAAGCUUUCAUCGUCCAACAUUUUGCUGACAAAGUGGAAUACCAGUGUGAAGGCUUUCUUGAAAAGAAUAAAGACACCGUUUUUGAAGAACAAAUUAAAGUUCUUAAAUCAAGCAAGUUUAAGAUGCUACCAGAAUUAUUUCAAGACGAUGAAAAGGCCAUCAGUCCAACUUCAGCCACCUCUUCAGGGCGUACCCUCCUCACCCGCAUGCCUGCAAAGCUGAACAAAGGCAGGCCAGGCCAGGCGGCCAAGGAGCACAAGAAAACUGUGGGGCACCAGUUCCGAAACUCCCUUCACUUGCUUAUGGACACCCUCAACGCCACCACUCCUCACUAUGUACGCUGUAUUAAGCCUAAUGACUUCAAGUUUCCAUUCACGUUUGAUGAGAAGAGGGCAGUGCAGCAACUGAGAGCAUGUGGUGUCCUGGAAACUAUUCGAAUCAGUGCGGCAGGUUUCCCAUCACGGUGGACUUACCAAGAAUUUUUCAGCCGCUACCGUGUCCUAAUGAAGCAAAAAGAUGUGCUGAGUGACAGAAAGCAAACAUGCAAGAAUGUGUUAGAGAAGCUGAUACUGGACAAGGACAAAUACCAGUUUGGUAAGACCAAGAUCUUUUUCCGUGCCGGUCAAGUAGCCUAUCUAGAAAAAUUGAGGGCAGACAAGCUGAGGGCUGCCUGCAUCCGGAUCCAGAAGACGAUUCGGGGGUGGCUGCUGCGGAAGAAGUACCUGCGAAUGCGGAAGGCGGCCAUUACUGUGCAGAGAUAUGUGCGAGGCUACCAGGCUUGGUGCUAUGCUACGUUUCUGCGCAGAACCAAGGCAGCAACCAUCGUUCAGAAGUAUUGGCACAGGUACGUGGUCCACAGGAGAUACGAGAUUACACGCGCUGCCACUGUUGUUCUUCAGUCUCAUUUGCGAGGCUACUUGGCCAGAAAUCGGUAUCGUAAGAUACUCCGUGAGCACAAAGCAGUCAUCGUUCAGAAGUGGGUCCGGGGCUGGCUAGCUCGGACACACUACAAGAGGAGCAUGCAUGCCAUCAUCUACCUUCAGUGCUGCUUCCGGCGAAUGAUGGCCAAGCGUGAGCUGAAGAAGCUCAAGAUCGAGGCUCGCUCCGUGGAGCACUACAAGAAGCUUCACAUUGGGAUGGAGAACAAGAUCAUGCAGCUGCAGCGCAAAGUUGAUGAGCAGAACAAAGACUACAAAUGCCUCGUGGAGAAACUGGCCCAUCUGGAAGCAAUAUAUAACACUGAGACUGAGAAGCUACGAAGUGACUUAGAACGCCUUCACCUAAGUGAGGAGGAAGCAAAAGUUGCCACUAAACGGGUCCUCAAUCUGCAGGAAGAAAUUGCCAAGCUCCGGAAAGACCUAGAACAAACUCGGUCAGAGAAAAAAUCCAUUGAGGAAAGUGCAGAUAGAUACAGACAAGAAACCGAGCAGCUGGUGUCAAAUCUGAAAGAAGAAAACACUUUGCUGAAACAGGAAAAAGAGACCCUCAACCACCUUAUUGUGGAGCAGGCUAAAAAGAUGACAGAGACUAUGGAGAAGAAGCUAAUAGAAGAAACAAAACAACUGGAACUCGAUCUUAAUGAUGAAAGGUUGAGAUAUCAGAACCUUCUGAAUGAGUUCAGUCGCCUGGAAGAAAGAUAUGAUGACCUCAAGGAAGAGAUGACCCUGAUGGUGAAUGUGCCUAAGCCUGGACACAAAAGAACAGACUCCACCCACAGCAGCAAUGAGUCUGAAUAUACCUUCAGCUCUGAAUUUGCAGAAACUGAAGAUACUCCAUGGAGGACAGAGGAGCCGAGCGAGAAGAAGGUGCCUCUGGACAUGUCGUUGUUCCUCAAGCUCCAGAAGCGGGUCACAGAGUUGGAGCAGGAGAAGCAGGUGCUGCAGGAUGAGCUGGACCGCAAGGAGGAGCAGGUGCUCCGCAGCAAGGCAAAGGAAGAAGAAGGACCACCAAUUAGAGGUGCCGAACUGGAGUAUGAGUCACUCAAGCGUCAAGAACUAGAAUCAGAAAACAAAAAACUGAAAAAUGAGCUGAAUGAGUUACGCAAGGCCCUUAGUGAGAAGGGUGCUCCAGAGGUGACCGCUCCGGGCGCACCUGCCUAUCGAGUCCUCAUGGAGCAGCUUACCUCUGUGAGCGAGGAGCUCGAUGUCCGCAAGGAGGAGGUCCUCAUCUUGAGGUCUCAGCUGGUGAGCCAGAAAGAGGCCAUCCAACCCAAGAAUACAAUGACAGAUUCCAUAAUACUCUUGGAAGAUGUACAGAAAAUGAAAGAUAAAGGAGAAAUAGCACAAGCAUAUAUUGGUUUGAAAGAAACAAACAGAUGGUCUGCUAUGGAUUGCCAUGAGUUGAAUGAGGAUGGAGAGCUGUGGCUGGUUUAUGAAGGGUUAAAACAAGCCAACAGGCUCCUGGAGUCCCAGCUCCAGUCACAGAAGAGGAGCCAUGACAGCGAGGCCGAGGCCCUCCGUGGGGAGAUCCAGAGCCUGAAGGAGGAGAAUAACCGGCAGCAGCAGCUGCUGGCCCAGAACCUGCAGCUGCCGCCGGAGGCGCGCAUCGAGGCCAGCCUGCAGCACGAGAUCACCCGGCUGACCAAUGAAAACUUGUAUUUUGAGGAAUUAUGUACAGAUGACCCUAAGAAGUAUCAAUCAUACCGGAUUUCACUUUACAAACGGAUGAUUGAUUUGAUGGAACAACUUGAAAAACAGGAUAAGACUGUCCGGAAACUGAAAAAACAACUGAAAGUAUUUGCCAAAAAAAUUGGUGAACUAGAAGUGGGCCAGAUGGAGAGCAUAUCCCCAGGACAGAUCAUUGAUGAACCUAUCCGUCCAGUCAACAUUCCCAGGAAAGAAAAGGAUUUCCAAGGAAUGCUGGAAUACAAGAAGGAGGAUGAGCAAAAACUUGUUAAGAACCUGAUUCUGGAACUGAAGCCACGUGGUGUAGCAGUCAAUCUGAUUCCUGGGUUACCAGCGUACAUCCUGUUUAUGUGUGUUCGACAUGCUGACUACCUAAAUGAUGAUCAGAAAGUAAGGUCAUUGCUAACAUCAACAAUUAACAGCAUCAAAAAAGUAUUGAAGAAAAGAGGUGAUGAUUUUGAAACCGUCUCCUUCUGGCUUUCUAACACAUGCCGAUUUUUGCACUGUUUGAAGCAGUACAGUGGAGAAGAGGGCUUCAUGAAACACAACACAUCUCGCCAGAACGAACACUGCCUAACCAAUUUUGACCUGGCUGAGUAUCGGCAAGUGUUGAGUGACUUGGCCAUUCAGAUCUACCAACAGCUUGUGCGGGUGUUAGAGAACAUCCUUCAGCCAAUGAUCGUCUCAGGCAUGCUGGAGCAUGAAACAAUUCAGGGCAUGUCCGGGGUGAAGCCCACAGGGCUAAGAAAGCGGACCUCCAGUAUCGCCGACGAGGGCGCCUACACCCUGGACUCCAUCAUCCAGCAGCUCAACUCCUUCCACUCGGUCAUGUGUCAGCACGGCAUGGACCCAGAACUGAUCAAGCAGGUGGUCAAGCAGAUGUUCUACAUCGUGGGGGCUGUCACCCUGAACAACCUCCUUCUGCGGAAGGACGUGUGCUCGUGGAGUAAAGGCAUGCAGAUCAGGUACAAUGUCAGUCAACUAGAAGAAUGGCUCCGUGAUAAGAAUCUGAUGAACAGUGGGGCUAAAGAAACUCUAGAACCUCUUAUUCAAGCUGCUCAGCUUUUGCAAGUGAAAAAGAAAACAGAUGAAGAUGCAGAAGCCAUUUGUUCCAUGUGUAAUGCAUUAACUACUCUCCAGAUUGUCAAAGUGUUGUUUUUGUAUACUCCAGUUCACGAGUUUGAAGAAAGAGUCUCUGCAUCAUUUAUUCGUACCAUACAGAUGCGUUUACGAGACAGGAAAGACUCUCCUCAGCUGCUUAUGGAUGCUAAACACACCUUUCCUGUCACCUUUCCAUUCAACCCAUCCUCCCUCGCGCUGGAAACCAUCCAGAUUCCAGCCAGCCUGGGCCUGGGGUUCAUCUCACGGGUCUGAGCUGGAUGGCAAGGCAAACACUGACAAUACAUUUCUUGCCUGAAAUAAGAACCCAUUCUUUCCAUUGAGCUACUGAAAACACGUUAUUGAAGUACUGAUUAUCUCCCAAACGAGGUUAUUAACUGGAAAUCUCCCUAGAAGCUUUCAUCACCUGGGAAGAAAGAUAGGUUCCUUGUGCUGCAUUGCUUUUUAUAGCAGCCCUCUUCCCUGUUCAGGCAGGCACCCCAAGUUUACAUGCAUGUGAGUAAUGGAAGGAGAGGAGAAGAGGGAGCGAGGAAGGAAGGGAGGGAGGAAAAAUGUGUCUUCAGCUGCCAACAUUUAUUUUCAAUCCUUAGCACUGCAUUUAAAUGGUAUAAAAAAUUUGAAUUCCAUGUAUGAGCUGUUGUUAGAAAGGAGCCAAUAAAGAACAUCCUUUGAGCUAAACAAGAACUGAACGAGAAAUUGCCACUGAGUACACAUCAAUUUAGGAAUACCGUCGAACUGGAAUGAAGAAAACAAACAGGCAGUAUGUAAAGUAAUUGGUCAAGUAACUGCCUUCUUUGUGUCACUAUUAUGUAGAGAUACUGAAAGAGCUCUUGGUUUGCAGUAUAGCAUAGAUGUCCAUUUGUUUGUACUGUAGUUUACCAAACAUUUUAAUUUGCUGCUACAUACUGUGUUCUUGAAAAUGUAAGUGGUAUUCUCAUUAGGCACUACAACAGUAAGCUGCUUUUUUAUCAGCUGUUUAACAGUUUAGUCAGAUCACAGUUUUCACUGGAUUAUGUGCAGAUACCUACAGAUGCGCCUGCCAAGGAAACUGGUGACUGAGAUUAAGUAGCACUCACUGGCACGUUAUGUACUCAUGUGACAGACUGUUUGACAUUUAGGGGUAGGAUUAGACGAAGUGGCUAUUGUGAUGUCGUUAUUUAUUCAGGAUGCAUUAUGUGGAUUUGCUUAUUAAUUUUCCCAGAUGAUACCAUAUCACAGUACAGUGUUCUGUGAAGUGACUUAUUUUCACUUACCAGAUUUGAUUCCUUCAGUGUGUAUUUUCAACCUUAACGGGUUUUGUUUCUUCUUCUCAAUUUAUUAAGAAUUAAUCUCAAUCACUUCUAGAAAGGAUUGUCAGAAUAUUCUUGAUUCAAGUCUUAAAACCUUGAUUAUCUUAUAAAUUAUGCAAAAGAAGUUAUACAAUAAAUAUUUAAUUUUUUUUUUAGGCUAUAAAUUUUCUCAGAUACCACUAGAUACUUUAAAAAACAUCAUAUUAGGAAUAGUUUAAGAAGACUUAUAUAAGAAAUAUAUCAAAGAUGUUGAAUUUUAUAGAGGAUUUGGUUCAAUCAGACCCAGAUUCUGUAAGUUUUUAUUCUGAAAUUCUAAUUAAACAUAUUCUCCAUUUUUCCUAGACUGUCAUACAAUACAUCAUUAGGUUGUGCAAAAGCAAAUUCUUAGUUUUCAUUAGAAACUCUGGUUCUGAAUUACAAUCAUAGAUUUAUAUAAUUAACUGCUAGAUGAUCUAUAAAAAUGACAUACUAAAAUGUGUGCAAUAUAAAUGGAAAUCAAACAGUUUCAAAUCCGUGAUACAGAUUAUUGAAAGGUAAGCACUGUCUUUUAACUUAUUUGGGCCUCAGUUUCCUCAACUUGAAGAUAAGAGAGUUGGACAGCUGACUCUAAAAUUCUCUCCUCUCAGUGCUUGGAUCCUAGAGAAGUGAGCUGCAGUUACAGAAUAAGUCCGCCCUCUGCUGGACACACCAGUGUUUGGGGCCUGUUAAUUCUGAGGGAGUAAUAAAAUGUAAAAUCACAAGUCUCUUGUACCCAUAACCUUUCUUAAAUGUACAUGAUCUGUGUACAUGCCUUUAAGAAGUCCCACUGUGUUUGUAUUAUUUGAAAGUUAAUUAGUUAGAUGAUCAUUAUUGGAUCAUGUACUGCUGUAUUCUGUUUGAAUAUGUUUAUUUAUUUGCAAAAUCAACCAAAAACACUCCUGAUUCAAUCAGAUUCUCUCAAUUUUCCCUGGUUGUUAAUGUAGUUUUCAAUGAACAAUUAACUAUUUUGACCAUUUGGUUAGUACUGAAUGUGGUAGACUCCAACACAUAGAUGGGGAUUGGCUAGGGGAGUUGCUAAAAAAAAAAAAAUGUGACUAUGAUGUAGUUGCCCACCUCAGACCACGUACACCCUGAAUCUUGUCAGGUCUUCAGGAUCACACUGUACCUCCCAUGCCAUAGCAGCCUGUAUCUUACUCCCAGAUAGUUCAUCCCCUGAAGCCUGUCUGGUCUGGGCCUUCUCUCCCUCUUCCUGUCUCUCCACUGUGGCAUGCUGGAGCCCUGUUCCAUGCCUGGGCUGGGGCUCACCCUACUCCCCCAUGCCAACUCUAAACACAAAGGUUCUGCUAUUCCAGAGUUCCAACUUCCUCAAGGCCUACCCAGAACCCCAGAUUAAUUAACUUCUUAGUAGCCUAAAGAUUUUUAGUCAUAGCCUGAAUAGCUUGCAACUAUGGGACCCCAAGACCCAAUAAAUGACUCUCUGUACUACUUUCUUGAGGGUGCAACGAUAUUCUGCUCACUAUGAAUAUCCUUUGGACAGUUUGAGGACUGUUCACCCUUCCUUCUGUCCAUCUGUGCUGUCUCACCCAGCUACAAACACAGCUCCACCAGCCCUCUCCAGCUUUUAUUUAUCCGCUUUCCGUCCUCUUUCCUCACCUCGUCACAGAGCCCUUCACUGGCUGUCGCCCUGCUCUUUGUGCAGUGAAGGCAGGUGAGCGCUGUCCAUUCUCAGGGCUCCAUUGAUCUGCCUACUGGCGUACCUGCCAGCCAGUCUUUGCACAGUUUCUUGCUGUUCUUACUUCUCUGCAAGACAUGCUUCAACAUUAUCACUAUUUUGCUUUUUCAUAAUUCCUCUAUUAUGCACAAUAGGAAUUCAAAGGAAGAUCCUGAAACCCACAACAGUUCUUUGUUCCAGUGGCCCCUCAUCUCACACCCUGGAAAGGCAAAGCUGAAACUUAGAAGCACUUUCCCUUCUUGCAGCUUUUCUUAAGGCAUUGAUAUGCCUAAGGGUAACUCUAAAGAGAAGGGGAAGAUGAAUAUGGGAUAAAAUCCAUAAAGUGUAGCUUCAUGAUUCCAUUGGAAAUUUUGAAAAUUCCCCAUGAACCUGAUACUUUUUCCAUCAAGUGCAAAAGCACAAAAAUAUAUUCCAAAGCUAACUGGUAGGAGAUAAGUGAUUUGGGUCAGUUUGGAUGAUUCAUUUUACUAGAAUUUCAGUGUAGUGAUUUUUGUGAGAAAAAACUUUCCUGAUCACCCUAGGUAAAGGGGCACCUGCCACCAUCCUGAGAAGUCCACACACAGUGUUCAAAGUCAGUCUCCAGUCUGUCAGUCUCUCUCUUUCUCCCCCCCACACACACGUACACACACACGUACACACACACGUACACA